AUGGCCUCAUCAGCUGUGCAGGCUCUAGUAAUUGAGGAUCUGGGCACAAACAGCUUCCAGCUCACCGAUGGAAAGGACAGCAGAGCCCUAUACGUAGUGCAAAGAAACCCCUCGAAACCUCACCUUUCCAUUUCCCGAGGCACCAGCGUAGCAGACGUCGUCGGCACGGCCAUCAUUCACAAAUUUUCCUCCACGAUCGAUGUCGUGUUCGGAGGCCAGCCUCUAAAGCUCAAGCGAAAAGGCGCCUUUAACGAUUCCCACGCCUUUCAUCAUCCCUCGACGACGGCAUUACAGUGGAAAGGAUUAGGCGGUGCCGGCGGAUUCGGUCUCCAGGACGAGCAAGAAAGGACAAUCUGCACCUACGAUAAGAAGGGUGGCUUCGAAUUUCCUACGCUUGUGCAGGACCAACACAUGCUGGAUUUGAUUGUUGUGACGGGGCUAGCUACUGAUGAAUAUCGUCGGCGGUCUCAUCGAAACUGGAACGAGUCUCUCGUCUGGACGCUGAAUCAAGUGGGCGUGUAA